AUAGGAAUAUUAGAUAUGGCACGAAGAGCUACGAGUGCGUAUGAUCCAUUUAUGGACAAAACAAUGAUUAAAUAUGCACACCGGAGGAAGUGCAUUGACAUAACAAUGUAUGUUUUGUAUUAUAUUGUCAUUACGUUAUUUAUUCAGCAUGAAUUUAUGACAAAGUAUUGCAAGAAGUUAAAUGAUUUGCAUGGGGGAUAUUUGAACCCAUAGAGAUUUGAUUUAUUUUACGCCAAAUUUAUUUUUUAUAUCUACAACUCGACAGAAUAAAUUAAAAUUAUUAAUUGAACACAUCUUUUGAAAAUCAGACCGAGAGAGAAAAUGUAGACUGAAACUGUUAGUAAAUACCAAUUGUCCAUGAACGCAACACAAAGCUAGUCUGAGCUUCCGUACUGCGUCACAUGUACAUUUGCGUUUCUAGCACAUUGCUAGUAUGUGCUACAGAUUUCCUGAUAUGUAGCAAAAAGUAAAUAAUCGACGAGACAUUAUUAGUUUAUUAACGAUUUUUUUUCUGGUAAAAACCCUGACACGCCUGCGUUCUGGAUGGAUACAACCUACGGUUUAAUGUUUAAAUCGCGCUGACAUGUUUAUGUAGGUAGCCAACUCGCUAGCCAGGAAGAGUUGACAGCUCACUGUUGGCUUCUGGUGAUCUUACACAGUCAACAGGAGCAGGACUAAACAGUGCUCCAGAUGCGGCUUAAAGAUCCUUUUUCUUUAAAAGCCGCCGAUAUGACUAAGCGGACAAGCAAACCAAGAAAACCUCGAGAUGAGGAGUCAUCGGAUGAAGUCAGUGGUUUGACUUGUCAGCAUGUGAGUAAAGCAGUGGAUCUUAGCUCAGUGAAGAAGUCGGUGCUCUCCAGUGUGUGGUUGGUAUGCUCCGAUUGCCUAAAAGAGAGGACGAUGAUUGAUGGAGAGCCAGCAGCAUCACAUGACAUUCUAGUGUGCUUAAAAUGUGGUUUCCAGGGCUGUAACCAUACUGGGAUCCAGCAUGCUGUGAAACACUACCAAACGUUCCAUCCAGAGUCCCACUGCAUCACCAUUAGUUUAGGCACAUGGAAAGCCUGGUGUUUUGAAUGUAACGAGGAGCUCUCCACUCACUGCAACAAGAAAGCUUUGGCUCAGUCCCUGGACUUUUUACAAAAGCACUCAGUCAAGGCAACCUCAGCAGCGUCUCCCAAGAUCAUCAAGCUGCGAGAGGAAUCAUCAGAUUAUUCCGAAUCAUCCAAAGGCAAAAGUCCAGCCAUCAGCAAUACGUUGGUUCCUGUGAAAGGCAUCAUUAACCUCGGUAACACCUGCUUCUUCAAUGCUGUCAUGCAGAACUUGGCCCAGACACACAUGCUGAUUGAACUCAUCCAAGAAGUUAAGGAGAAAGGAUACAAAAUAAGGAUUUGUCCCUCACUGGAGUCAAAUCUGAAUCCACUCAUGGUGUCGCUGCCGAUUCCCGAGUCUCUGACAGCUGCCAUGUUUCUCUUCCUCCAGAGCAUGAAAGAACCAGGCAAAGGCCAAGUCAAUCCCAAGAUCCUCUUUAAUCAGCUCUGUCAAAAAGCCCCAAGAUUUAAGGGCUACCAGCAACAAGACAGUCAGGAGCUGCUGCAUUACCUAUUGGACUCCAUACGAGUGGAAGAAACAAAGAGGGUGAGGGCGGGGAUUUUGAAGGCUUUCAACAAUCCCACAGAGAAAACGGCAGAUGAGGAGACCAAACGUCAAGUCAAAGCCUACGGAAAGGAAGGUGUAAAAAUGAACUUUGUGGACCGCAUUUUCGUAGGCGAGCUGACCAACACCAUCAUGUGUGAGGAGUGCGAGCACAUCUCUACAGUGAAGGAGGCAUUCAUAGAUAUCUCUUUACCCAUCAUAGAAGAAAGGAUGUCCAAACCCUCCAAUCCCAGCAGGCUGAAUAAGGGCAGCAGGGAGCAGGAGACAAACACAUCCCAAGCUGAUCAUGUAUUUUCUGCAGCCCACCCUGUCAACAAAAACUCCCGGAAGCUGAUCGCACAGAAUUUAAGCAGGAGGACAAGCUUUGUGGAAGAGAAGGGAGCAAGCUGCAGCGCAGAGCGACUGGAGGAGGAGGGAGGAGCUGGUGGAUCAGCACGAGGCAUCAAUGUAUGUAAGAUGGCAGCUGCAGGCAGCCUCUCAGACAACAGUGAAAGAGACUCAGGUGCUCAGGACAGCAGCAAUGAUGCUGACAGUGAGGCCUCAGAGAGUGAGUGGGCUCCACGCACCUUUUCCUCCAGCCACGUUCCGACAUCCACUCCUUCGUCCACUUCCACCCUCACUCCAUCCUCCACACCUGUCUCUGCAUCCUCUCCUAUGUCACUGUCCUCUACAAGGCACUGCGGUGCAGUGGAGCAGCUCGUCACUGCAGUAUCUAAAGUCAAUCUGGGGUUGAAUUCUGGAGACUGUCCAGCUUCUUCACACCGUUCUCCAGAGGAACAUGGUGAGGCCCAGUCACGGGACAACCUCCACCAACAUCAUCAGCACCACCAGGGAGCCUUUCAGGCUCUGUCUCACAGUUACACUCCCAGCUCCAAGGAGUGCUCCGUACAGUCCUGCCUCCACCAAUUCACCUCGGUGGAGCUACUGAUGGGCAACAACAAGCUGCUGUGUGAGAACUGCACUGAGCGCAGACAGAAACUACUGCGAAAGAGUGGCUCAGCUGAUAAAAAAGUGGAGAAAAUUUACACUAAUGCCAGGAAACAAAUACUGAUUUCCUCAGUGCCUCCAGUCAUCACAUUACAUCUGAAACGUUUCCACCAGGCAGGAAUGAACCUUCGGAAAGUCAAUCGUCAUGUUGAUUUUCCUCUCAUCCUGGAUCUGGCUCCAUUUUGUUCAGCAUCCUGCAAGAACCUGGCGGCCGGUGAACGUGUCCUCUACAGUCUCUAUGGGAUUGUUGAGCACAGCGGCUCAAUGCGCGGAGGUCACUACACUGCAUAUGUGAAAGUACGCUCAGCUCAGAGGAAAAUGGAACAGCACCACAGGAACCUGUCAGGUCAGGCGAGUGGAAGCUCCUCAGGCCAGUGGGUUUACGUCAGUGACACAACUGUUCAGACUGUACCUGAGUCACGGGUGCUUAACUCUCAGGCGUACCUGCUCUUUUAUGAGGAAAUGCUAUAAAUGUGUGACCAGCCUAUAAAAAUAUUUUUGGAUUUGUUUGUUUUCUUUUUUAUUUGUGGUACGGCCUGUACAGCCCUUUUCCCUUUACCUGACUGUGAGGAAAAAUAGACAUUAUAUCACAUUCGUGCAACAUUUAAAUGCAAAUCCAACCUAGACUUACCUUUUGAAUACUUGUUAGACAUAUAAAGAAUUUACAUUAGAUAUUCAAGAUAUUGGUUUUAGCAUUGAAAAAGUCAUGUUUUCAUUUAUUUUUGUGUUAGGAAAGAAGUUAAUAUAAUUUGUUUUCAUUUAAUUUAGGCCACAUUUUUGUGCCUUUAACAUGCAUGGAAAGGUUUACGACAGUACCUAGAUACCAGGAUGCAAGCAGAUUUUAAUGCAUGCUGGGCUGUGCACAGCACGGUGUAUGUGAUGUUAAUAGCGUUCGUGUGCGUCUGUGUGUGUCAAAGAGUAAAUGACAGGGACAGAAGAAUGUACUGUACAACAGUUCUGAGGUACUGUUUGUGUCACAUUAUCUUAGCAGAAUGUAAUUGUUGCAAACAUUUGGUAUAUUCCCAAACUGGUUUACUUAUCAUUACCAUAUCAAAACCAGAAGAUAAUGGGGCUAACAGAUAAUGCUUUGCUAUUUUACAUAUAAUAAAUUGCAUUCAGUAUUCAGUUUGGAUAUUAUAUCCUAAGACCAAAUAUAGAAAAUUGACAAAACUAUCUAGUGGCAGUUUGUUUUUUGAAAAAAGAAAAUGUUUUCAAAGUUUACUGUAUAAAAUCUCAACUUCUUAAUCUCAUCAAAAUGUAUUAAAUGUUAAUGUUAAAUUCUCUAAGAAUAGUGUUUGAUAGUGUCUACUAUGAAAAAGUGGAUUUCAUCCUGCAACUUGACUAGGCCUCAUCUUUAGGGUCAGGUUAUUAGGAAUAAUAUAUAUGAUUUUAAAUACUACUACAACUCCUUACUGCAAACAUGAUGACCACAUCAGAUCAAUCUGCUUCUACCCCUUUGCCCCUUUGCCCUUUUCCUGGCUCCUACUGUUAGACAAACAGUUGUUAUGACCUACACUUGUCCUGUCAUUAAUCUGCAUCUCCAAUGACUUUUGACUAUUAUAUUCACUUUCAUGAUACAAUUAUCUUAACGUGGCUCUCUUAUUUUACCUUCGUGAAGAAAGUCAUGUAGUGAACAUCUUAGCAUUGCCAACUCUGCCACCUGCAGUUCAGUCGCUAAGACAAUGCUGCCUUUUCUUUAAAUGGCACAGCAUAGCAUAUCUCACUUUUCCAUUACAUUUCCUUCUCAUCAUUCUUGCUUCUAAUCCUUCAGUUGCCACCUAAAGAAAAGCACAACAGUCAUUAUUACAGUAUAGUUUACCGGUACUCUGUGUAUUGUUUUACCUCACUAUUAGAAUGUACACAAACAGUACGAUGAUCAGUCAGAUUAAUUUGCCAAAGAUGUCAUAACAAGUUCACUUCAGUUUCUGUGUCGUAUGUUGUUUAUCAUCUGAAUACCUUGGUUAAAAAAUUAAGUUUUACAGGAUAUUCAAAAAUCAACUAUGCUGUCAUCUUGCAUAGGUUAAAUUACGUUAAGGAAUGUACUGCAAACUCUUGAAAUUUCUUGCACAUUAACUCGUGACCUUGCUGAUAAAAAAUAUUUUAGAACCAUGUUUUUCUUGCUUUGUGCUCAUUUUCCAAACCAGUUGAUGAGUUCAAAGUAGAGAAUGUAAAAUCUAGUGUAUUCAAAGUAGAAUGUGUGCGUGUGCAUGGUGAGAAGAAAACUUCAUGCUGAGUGAAAUGCAAGGAAAAUAUAUGAUAUAUAUACAAUAAAUGUUACUGUAAGCAAACAAUGUACAUAGUAGUAACAGUGCAAAACCAUGGUGCUUCAGGAUUUUUUUCAAUAUGGAAUUUCUUGUUCCGUAAAGUUACAUUUAGCUGAGAAACAAAAAUUAAUGGAAUGACUAACUACACGCUGUAUUAAAAUACAUUUAAUUUAUGGCAUUAAAACCAGUCUUGUCUUUCGAUGA